AUGGGCCUACUUCGCGGCCUCAUCGAGAGCGUCGUUGACAACGCCCUUACGGUGCUUUAUACAGCAACUGCUACUUUGACACAGAGCAAUACCAACGGACUUUCACUCCUGGGCACCCUACUAGCCCCCACAUUACCACUCUUUCUGACAAACAACCCACUACCCAACGAGUAUCCUUGGGGAAAGCUGACCGACUCGGACAACAACCCAUACACUGAAUAUCCCAAAACCGGAGUAGUCAGGCGCUACGAGCUCACUGUGAGCCGUGGGUUUGUCGCUCCGGAUGGGUAUCUGCGGGAUGUUCUUCUUGUCAACGGGGCUUUCCCUGGGCCCCUGAUCGAGGCAAACUGGGGCGACACUAUUAUCGUGAACGUGCACAACAACAUCACCGGCCCGGAAGAUGGCACAGCGAUCCAUUGGCACGGCUUUCUGCAGCACGAAACACCCUGGGAAGACGGCGCCCCGGGUAUCUCACAGUGUCCCAUUCCGCCGAGGAAAAGCUAUAGUUACGAGUUCAUUGCUAGCCUAUACGGCACGAGCUGGUACCACGCCCACUACUCUGCGCAAUUCGCGGGCGGUAUCCUUGGUCCCAUUGUCGUUCACGGGCCUACGAAAGAGAAGUACGACGUCGAUGUCGGCCCCAUCUUGCUCAGUGAUUGGUAUCACAGGGAGUACUCGGACAUCAUCGAGGAAAUGCUGGCUCCCAAUGGCAGCCCCAAAGUGACCUCCGACAACAACCUGAUCAACGGCAAGAUGAACUUCGACUGUUCGACCGUAGCCCCAGGUGAUAAAACACCAUGCGCCAAUAACGCCGGCAUCUCCAAGUUCAAGUUCCAAACGGGCAAACGACACAAGUUGCGUCUAGUCAACACCGGUGGCGACGGUGUCCAGCGCUUCUCCAUCGACGAACACGUGCUUACUGUCGUUGCCGAGGACUUCGUGCCAGUCAAGCCAUACAACACCUCGGUAGUCACGCUGGGUGUUGGCCAGCGUGCGGAUGUCCUCGUCACGGCCAACGUCGGCAAGGCCAACUCGGCCUUCUGGAUGCGGUCCAAUCUGACCACAUGCGCACCAGCGCGGCAGCCCAACGCCGUAGCGGCGGUCUACUACGACCAGGCCGACACCUCCACAACGCCGUCCAGCAAGGCCUGGGACAUCCCGAACCCUGACCUCUGCGCCAACGAGGACCUCCACAUCACCGAACCGCUGUACCCGAUCCCGCUGCCGGAGCCCACGCUCACGCAGAACAUGGACAUCGAGCUCUACAAGAACGCGUCCAACGUGACGCUGUGGAAGUUCAACGGCGUGUCGAUGCGCACCGACUACAACAGCCCGGUCAUCUUGCUCGCCAACGACGGCAACUUCACCUACCCGGCCCAGUGGAACGUCGUCAACUACCACAAGCACACGUCCAUCCGCAUCAUCGUCAACAACAAGGGCCCCGUUGCUCAUCCCAUGCAUCUCCACGGCCACAACUUCUUCAUCCUGCACGAAGGGCCGGGCGAUUGGGACGGCACCAUCGUCCGCCCGUCAAACCCGCAUCGUAGAGAUGUCCACCUAGUGCGUGGCAACGGCCAUCUCGUGAUCCAGUUCGACGGCGCACCAGGCGUCUGGGCAUUCCACUGCCACAUCGCCUGGCACGCAUCCGGCGGCUUUCUCGCGUCGCUGAUCAUUGAGCCCGAGAAGGUCGAGCGCAUGCAUAUUCCCCAUGAUGUGGAGAAGAAUUGCCGGGCGUGGGAUAUGUGGUCUAAGUAUAACGUUGUUGAUCAGAUCGACAGCGGGACAUAA